AUUAGGAUAAAAAAAUUCAUACAUAUCAUCGGCCAUGAUCAUGGAAGCCAUAACUAUGUUUGGCCCAAAUUAUAAAACUCAAGUCUCUCUUCCCUUACGUAACACCUUCUUUCCGCAAAUUCAACAAUUCCACUUUCCGCUGACAUCAUUAUCUGGCAAGGCUCUGACCACUAUAAGGGCUUGUGGUGACCGGGAAAUUAGUUCACGCACGUUUAAGAAGCUGCCACCUUCUGAAUGGGGUCAUCACUUCCUCACUGUUCCCGUUGACUUGUUGGAAAUGAAUGCGUUGGCGAGAGAGAUCGAUGAACUAAAGAUAAAAGUGAAAGAAAUGCUCAUCAAGCCUGCCCUAGGUAUCAAAGAGACUAAGAAGAGAAUCAUGUUUGUCUAUUUGCUAGUGAGCCUUGGUCUCGCCGGUCAUUUUGUGGAUGAGAUUAAUGAGAAUCUAAAGCAAGGUUUCGAAGCGAGAGAGGAAAUGAUGGCCGGUGAAGAUGAUUUGUACACAGUUUCCACCAUCUUUUGGAUUUUCAGGACAUACGGUUACGAUAUGUCCUCUGAUGUGUUCAAGAGAUUUCAACGGGAAGAUGGCACGUUCAAGGAAUGUCUUGUCGCGGAUGCCAAAGGAAUGUUAAGCUUAUACGAAGCCGCGCAUUUGGAGACACAAACAGAGAAGAUCUUGGAUGAAGCAUUGAGAUUCACACCUGGCCAGUUGGAGUUGUUAGCUGAAGGAGGGAAUCUCCCACCUCAUAUCUCGAGGCUUAUAAAAAAUUCUCUUUUCAUUCCUCAGCGUUAUAAUAACGAAAUGAUAUUCGCAAAGGGAUACAUUUCAUUUUACGAGCAAGAAGAAGAUCAUGACAAGAUGUUACUCCGGUUUUCGAAGCUAAACUUCAGAUUCUUACAGCUGCAUUGGAUUCAAGAGCUGGAAACUCUUACCAAGUGGUCGAAGGAGCAAGACCUAGUAGCUAAGCUCCCACCUUACUUCAGAGAUAGAAUGGUAGAAUGUUAUUUUUUCGCAUUUGGGGUCCAGCCACAGUUUUCACGUGAUAGAGUUUUAGCGGCUAAGUUUUUCAUGCUCUACACCAUUGUUGAUGAUACAUGCGAUAGAUUUGCCUUGUUCCCUGAAACCAAAAUUCUUGUCGAGUGCAUGGAGAGAUUGGUUCCAGAUUCGGUGGACAGUCUACCAGAUUAUAUGAAACCCAUCUUCAGGUUUACACUCAAUGUUUUCGAAGAGUCUAAAAGCAUGACUAGGUCUGAAGAAGAAGAAUCCUAUUUUGUCCAAGGUGCACUAGAAGAGGAGUUUAAGAUUCUCAUGAGAUCUUAUAUUAAAUUUGGCGAAUGGGAAGGGACAAACACGGUGCCUACGUUUGACGAGUCCAUGGAGGUUAAAGACACUCAAAUCGUCAUUUUCGCAGCUUUACUACUAAGUUUUCUUGGUCUGGGACAUAAAGAUAUGGAACUGGCUUAUAACUGGUUAAAAUCCAGGCCAAAACUCGUUCGAGCUAUAGCUAGAAAUACCCGUCUGUUGAAUGACAUGACCGGCUUUGAGGAUGACAUGAAUAGAGGGGAUGAAGCCAAUGUCGUCAACUACUAUAUGAAGCAACACAGUGUUAGCAAAGAGGAAACAUUUAGGGAGUUAAAUAAAAUGGUUAGAGAUACUAAGAGGGUGGUAAAUGAAGAGUUCUUGAAGAUUGCGAAAACAAUGCCAAUUCAUAUCCUCCAUCGAGCCCUUAAUUGCGGAAAUAUGUCGAUUAUAACCUAUAGGGAUGGUGAUGGAUUCACCAAUCCAAUUGGAAGAUUCAAGGACCAUAUGACCUCCUUGUUCGUAGAUUUGAUGCCCCUUUGAAUAUCCAAUCAUAUUAGUUAUGCAAUCAGAUAUUAUCCAUUUGCAAUUUGAUCAAAAUUCUUGCAAGAAUAAAUCCAAUAAAUGUUAUUUUGGCUUCAA